AUGCUCUUACAGGAGUCGGAUUCGCAUUUAAUCUUUCUUUAUUUUCUUCUUGCCAAAAAUAAUUGACAUAUGUCAAUUAUUUUAAUUUUCUGCUAAAAAUGUUAAUGUCAUAAAUGAAAGUUUGAUUUUACAAUGGUUUAUAUGUCAAUUAUAAAGAAUAAAAUAUGUUUUUUAAACUUUGUAUAUGUAUAUAUGUUUGUUUUAUAGUUGUACUUCAGAGUUACAUACACAUACCCUGUUCGAAAUGUAUUUAAAUAGCUAUUAUAUGAGUCAUUCUCUUAUCUUUGUUUGUUGAAGGGAAGUUUUUACUUACAAGUAUCACAGACUUGUUAUUGGUCUUUUGAUAGACGAGUAAAAAAAAAGGUAAAGACUCAGUUUGAUUUUUUCCUUUAAGAAAAAGAAGCAUAAUUAACAACUUAAUAAAGUGUUUAUUUAAUUUUGAUUGGAAAUUUAGUUAAUUAAAGUUGUCGACAUGACAAGAAUCUAACGAAUGUGAUCCACAAACACUUAAGCGACCACGUGGACCUUCUCCAUCCUCAUCAUUAUCUUACAACCAUAUUCUAACAUGUAUUUUCGACUGUUAUUCCUUAUUUCCAGCUUCAAUUCUUCAAAUGCAAACGUUUGUGGUCGUAGACUCGCACUCAAUCAAACACAUAUCUUCCAGAAUCAUGUUUAAGUUAACUUUUGUGGAAAGAAAGAAAUAACAUCGAAAUUUUAUAUUAGUAAGUCUAUAAAAUUAGCAGAUUAAUCAAUUUUGUAAAAUAAAUGGCUAAGAGACACAUGUCUAUGUGAUGCCUAACCAUUGUUAGAAUAUUGUUGAAAUAUAUGUAGCAUAUGCUAGUACUCAACCAACAAUUACAUAUAGUUGUAAUACAGUGUGUGUGUGUGUGUGUUUAUAUUCAUGAUAAAAUAUUAAUUAACAUUUUCCAUAUAGUAGAUUUUUGGGUAAUACAUGCAUUGCUUAUCUAUCAUUAACAGAUAAUUAAAGAAUUAGGUGUUAAUAUAUACGCAGAUUCAAUAUCAAUAUUUUUCUUUACCAUUUAUGGGGUUUGGUCUAUCGCUCUCGGUGCUAUAAGAACGCGAUAGCAUAUCUGCGUCAAGAAUAAUUUGUGCGUACACGCAAGAGUGACACCUACCUGUAUUUCCACAAUUCAUCUAUAGUCUCGUAGGCCCUUUUAUUUAGUUAUUCGAUAUACAUUACAGAAUCAACAUCAACAAAAAAAAAAUUGAUGCAAAAGUUAAGUUUUAAUACAAUAAAAAUCAGAUUAAUAAAAAUAUGUCAAGGACUAAAACAGUCUCUUAAUCUUUGUUUUAAGUGACUAAGUCUUUCUUCUCUUUUUUUCUCGUACUUUCUUAAAUAAUAUUAUUAUUUUAACGAUAAUAGAUGUUGAGAUAAUAUAGUGAUGUGGAAGGUCUUAGAUUGUCGGUAAAUAACAAAGUAUUUUUUUUUUGGUUGAACAACAUUUUCAUUAAAACUUCAGCUUGAAUUUACAACAGGAGCACCAACAAUAACCUAAAGUGCCAAAAAGAUUGAGAAACUAAGCAGGCUGAUAGCACAGCAUCUUCUGAAACUAAAGCUCCACACCAGGAUACUGAUGGAACAAAGAAAUAUUACAUAUAUAAUCAGUCAAAGGCCACAACAUUUCCUUUAGAAACCAAGGCAAGGCUGAGACAUGGAAAUCAAAGAACUAAAAAGACAGGACUAAACCAAAUAACAAAGUAAAUAGAUUAUUAUAUAUGAAUAGAAAGUAUCAAUAAUGGGUGCCAUUGCUAAACCUGUUGGAAACAAAACCAUGAACAGUAUAGUGUGCAAUCAUUUAUAUAUAUAUAUAUAUAUAUAUAUAUAUAUAUUGACUUUUAAACGCAACCGCUCGACCUUUUAUAUAUUAUAUAUUCACAAAUUUUAAACGCAAGCAUAUAUAAACGACAACAUAAAAUGUAAAUUAUUAUUCUAUAGCAACACUAGAGUAGCGAAACCCUUUGCUAAAAACACACACUAAAGUAGCGAUCAUGAUUUGAUCAAAAAAAAAAAAAGUAGCGAUCAUGCAUGUACGCAAUUUAUAUUUUUUAAUUAACUUCAAGGUACCGGCCCGGGACCUAUGUUUUUUUUUUUUUUUUUUUUGCUAAAACGUCUGUUUAUGUUUCACGUCUGGUUGUCUGGGUCUAGCAUAGUUUUGUUUCCAAAACAAACUGGAUAGAAUGCACCUUUCUUUUAAUGCACAUUUUUUUAUAUAGUUACACAUAAGAUGAUAACAAUUUGUAAAAGUGGCAAUUAUGUAUCAUCAAUAUGCAUGCACGAGAACGUGUUUUCGGAAUCUGCAGGAAACUUAUUAAUUUGAAAAUCAUAUACUAAUUAAGCAAAUUGUUGUUUACCUAAAAAUUAUGGUCAAGAUCAUUUGCAUAAAAAUAUAGGGCUACCUAGUGUAUUUUCCCUUAUUAGAUACUUUCGUUUUUUCGCAUUUUAACAAAUCAAACUGUUUAAUUCUAAAAAAAAAAAACUGUUUACGAUUAACGAUCAGUGCUUGCACAAACGAACAUUAAAAAAAUGUGCUUACAAAGUUACAAUUGAGGGUUUAAGUUUGUAACUAAUAAAUUGUAAAACUAUAGAGAAAUAAUACAAUUCUGAUUUGUAAUUAAUUAUAUAUAUAGAAUCAAACUACUUUCUUUUUUUUUGGGCAAACAGAAUCAAACUACUAUGUAGAUAAUUAAUUAUAUAAGGAAUCAAACUACUAUAUAGAUGACUAUGCGAUAGUAUUAAUUAAUCAGAUCAGUCUGCGUCGACAAAAGUGGGGGCCCCAUGGUGCGAGAUCGAGUCAUAAAGUUACAAUAAGUGGCAUCAGCAGUCAGGAGCGAUGCACCUUGAAGUUGGAAUUCGAUCAUACAAUUUUCAUGGAAUAUACCGCGCGGUUAAAAAGCUCUCUUCAUUAACAUAAGUAUAAGAUUAAAUCAUUAUCACUUUUAACAUUAUAAAAUAAUUUAUCUUUGUUUUCAAAAACUCAGAGUCAUGAUUACAAAUGCAAAAGAGAGAUUGCGAAUCCAUGAUUCUAAUACGACCACGUUUGUUCUCUGCUCGAAAAUGACACCCACUUUCACGAUUCAAUUUUAAGUAUUAACCAAUGAACCAGCCGCUUAUAACGAAAAAAAAAGAGACCUAUGAAUAAGUUCGGUUUACUAAAUAUGGGCUGAAUCUAUGUCUAUCACAAUGGGCCGUACUAAUAGCAAUAUGUCCAAAUGUAUGCACACGAUAACAAGGCCAGUAUAACCCAUCUCUAUUAUAUUUGGCGGCAAAAUUCACAAAGAAUCUGAGUCUGCCCUUUUCAUUUAACAAAUUGAUGAAAGAUCUGUCUUUGGUUCAAACUGAAUUGAUUUUGAACAAUUUUGUUUAUUGAUUCUGCAUCUUGAGUUGUGCUGCUGCUUUUUGCUUGUUCAGAAAGCUUGUAAGUAAUGUUCUCAAAGGCUCCUAUGAAAGCCAAAAGGACAUCAAAUCAUUUUUGUUUCAUUUUUCUCUUCCUUCUUAAUCACUUUUGCACCUUUUUUUUUCUUUUUUCUUUUUUGCACCUUGGUUCCUUGAUCUAUUUUGAUAUGUGCUGAAUAGACUCCGGAACAGCAAAAAUACAGAGCGAGUAUUUUGUGUUUGGAUCCAGCAAAACUUAGCCAUAGCCUACAAACAAUAUGCAGUUCAAACAGAGAUCUUUAAGGGAAGGAAGAGAUUUUGCGCAACAAUGAAGAUAACUUGAGAUCCACGAAACAACCCAAUAUAACCUUUUUGUCUAUCUAAAUUAGUAAUCAGUCACAUUUUUUUAUUCUUGAAAAAAUCCAAAAGCUAGGAGAAAGUAAGAUUUAUGGUUCGGAAUGUACAAGGUCACGGAUUGAUAUUUAUGGUUAUGGGAAAAAACGUAAAUAACAAGAUAUAAAAAGACCCAUCUUUUCAACAAUUACCCCUCUUUUAUUUUACCUCACAUUUUUAUCAUAAUCAUACAUAUCCUCUGAUGCAGCAUUAAACUCUCACUUCGCAAUUCACCAAUAUCUUCACCUUUCUCUCUCUCUCUCGAUCACUCAACUUUCUUUCUCCAAGAAUCUCUCUUCCUCUAUUGGACAACGAAACGCAAGAAUCUCAGAGAUCUCUCUAUCUCUUCGCCGGCAACAAUGCUGACUAACCGGAACCGUCCGAUCAAUACCAUCCGUUUACUCGUCGUGUUCUUCCUUCUUUCAACCGCAACAGCAGCAAGAAACGAGUCUAACCGAACCCACGGAGCAAACCGGAGGUUUCAACACGCGUACUACUCUUAUCCUCACCGCUCAUGCCAAUCUUUCUCUCGUCCCUACGCACGCUCUAUGUGCAUUGAGCUCGAAAGAAUCCACAGAAGCAGCCGACAGCCACUUUUCUCUCCUCCUCCUCCUUCUCCGCCGGAGAUUGACGAAAGGUACGGCGUCGACAAAAGACUCGUCCCCUCCGGUCCAAACCCGCUUCACAACUGAAACACUUUUUUGUAUUGUGUAGAGAAUAAACGAGAUUUCUUGAGGUGCAAGAAAAGAGCUAGUAGCUAGGGUUUCAUCGAGAUUCCUUCUCAGUUUUCUUGUAAAUCUUGUUUCUUUUAACUACGUUCUUGAUGUUUGUUUUCUAUUGCGCACUACUACUACGUUAUGAGCAAAACUACUACUACGCUUGUUUUUAA